CUCGUUCGAAACUCGAUGCCAAGAAAAUGGUAGCCGCGAAGACAGUCUGCGUCGCCGUCUUCAUCUUCUUUGCGUUCCUUGUCCCACCGCACGACUGCAAGAUUGUCCAGUUCAUCUUCGGCGACUCCCUUUCCGAUGUCGGGAACAACAAUUAUCUUAUGAAGAGCCUUGCUCGGGCGAGCCUCCCGUGGUACGGCAUCGACUUUGGCAACGGAUUGCCUAACGGCAGAUUUUCGAAUGGCCGGACAGUUGCUGAUAUUAUAGGCGAUAGCAUGGGGCUCCCGAGGCCUCCGGCUUUCCUCGAUCCGUCUCUAAACGAAGAUCUUAUACUCGAGAACGGAGUGAAUUACGCCUCCGGAGGAGGCGGGAUUUUGAACGAAACCGGAUCAUAUUUCGUCCAAAGAUUCGGGCUUUACAAGCAAAUCGAGCUGUUCGAGGGGACGCAAGAUUUGAUACGAUCAAAAAUCGGGGAAACACAAGCCGAGAAGUUCUUCGAGGAAGCCGAGUACGUCGUCGCGCUCGGAAGCAACGACUUCAUCAACAACUACUUAAUGCCUGUCUACAGCGAUUCGUGGUCGUACACCGACGACACCUUCGUCCCCUACUUGGUGAAAACGCUUGGCGACCAGCUCACCGUGCUCCACGGAUUGGGCGCGCGAAAGCUGAUGGUGUUCGGAUUAGGACCGAUGGGCUGCAUCCCGCUGCAGCGAGUGCUGAGCUCGUCCGGCGACUGUCAGGACAGGACAAACAAUCUGGCCUUACGAUUCAACGAUGCCGCGAGUAAGCUCAUGUCUGAAUUAUCCGCGACCCUCCCCAACGCGACAUUCAAAUUCGGCGACGCGUACGAUGUCGUCAACGAUCUGAUAACCAAUCCCGGAAAAUACGGAUUUAGUAACUCGGACUCGCCGUGCUGCUCGUUUGGGAGGAUCCGGCCGGCGUUGACGUGUAUUCCGGCAUCGACGCUGUGUAAGGAUCGGAGCAAAUACGUGUUCUGGGACGAGUACCAUCCGUCGGACAGCGCGAACGAGCUGAUCGCGAAGGAGCUGAUCAAGAAGUUUGGAUUCAAGCCGGUGAACGAGACGGGGUCGCCGGCGAUGGCGCCGGGGAUUGGGGACUAGAGGGAAUGUGAAAGAAACAGAAUCGUCGAUGCAUUUCAGACAAUUUGGAAUCCUGUCUGUGCCAAAUCAAGUUUGGGAUUUGUUUGUUUUCUUUUUUUUUUUUUGAUACUAACUUCUUGAUGAAGAUCGUUGAGGAUUGAAUUUUUAUGAAUGAUUGAUCUAUUCAUUGUUAUGAUACAAAGUUUUUUGGCUUUUUUAU